AAUGUGAAAAAUCUAGUGAAGAAUCCCCAGCCUCUUAUGUCUCUCGUACGAGUGUUACUAAUCUUAAAAAACAUUUUGAAAAACAUCAUAAUGAAAAAUGGAAAGAGAUUGAAAGUCAAUAUCAAAUGAUGAAGUCUAGUAAGAAAUCUCGCCUAUCAGUGAACGAUCAGGAAACUUUGGAUGUAUCAACUAAUCAUACUGGAUCGCCUAACUUGUCAACUAAUAUGGAAUCACCGAGCAGGUUAGAGAAUGUGGAAUCUUCGAGUGUAUCAAAUAUGUCGAUUUUUGAUGUUGAAAUUAAAAAAUACACUAUUAAAAAUAUUAAAAAUAUUAAAAGAGUUAACAUUAAGGGUAUUACUCAAAAAAAUAUCAAAGAACUAUAUUUAGAAACAGAAGAUGAAAUUGAAAUCGAAAGAAAAAAUAAUAAUGUAAGAUUUUUAAAUGUGCCAGUUGAAAAAGAAAUUAACAAAUACACUAUUAGAAAUUUCAAGAAAGUUAUUAUUGAUGAUAUUAUUCAUGAAUGUAACUUUCACUUGUUCUCUUUGGAAUUGAGUUCCAGUUUUGGACUUUUGGGUGGAUAUUUUCUUGGUUAUAACUUUUAUUUGUUCUCUUUGAAAUUGAGUUUUCAGUUUGGAUUUUUAG